CCGGGCCGGGCCUGGGGCGUGCGCCGUGCGCCGUGCCUGGGCUGCUCCAGCCGCUCUCCCGGCUCCUGGCGCUCGGCUGCAGCUCGGCCGUGCCUGGGCUGCUCCCGCCGCUCUCCCGGCUCCUGGCGCUCGGCAGCAGCUCGGCGGGGCUCCCGGGCGUGGAGCGGCGUCGCGGCCGCCGGUGGUAGCGGGGCCCUGGAGGACGCGCUGUGGGCUUGGAGGCGGGCGCGGGUGGCCCGGGGCUCGCACGGGCAGCCCGGCCCGGUGGGUUCAGUGUUCUCGUCCCUCGGCCCCUCCGUCCCCAGCCUGGCAGGGGACGGGCAGAGAAAUAAAAUGCUCGGUAACGCGCACUGACGCUGUCCAUCGGCGAGGCGUCGGCAUAGAGGCGUGCUAAGCAUGGAGGGAGAUGAAGAGGAGGACUAUAUGUCUGAUUUAUUUAUUAAACAGGAUGUCAGGCCAGGCUUGCCCAUGGUGAGGCGGGUGAAGGAAGCUAUUCAGAAAGAAGAAAAGCAAAAAGAAGCCAAUGAGAAGAACAGACAAAAAAGCAUAAAAGAAGAAGAAAAAGAGAGACGUGACUUGGUACUGAAAAGUGCAUUGGGCAAUGAGAACAAAGGCUUUGCUUUGCUCCAGAAGAUGGGCUACAAGAGUGGCCAGGCCCUUGGCAAAAGUGGAGAAGGCAUUGUUGAACCUAUUCCUCUGAACAUAAAAACAGGCAGAAGUGGGCUUGGUCAUGAGGAACUAAAAAAGCGAAAAGCUGAAGAAAAACUGGAAAACUAUAGACAAAAGCUCCAUAUGAAAAAACAAGCAAAUGAACAAGCUGCAGAUCAGUUCAGAGUAAGAUUCAAAACCAAACAAGAAGAACGUAAGAUGGAAGGAGACCUGCGAAAAAGCCAGAGGGCCUGCCAGCAAUUAGAUAUGCAAAAAGAUAUUGAUGUUCCCAAGGAGACUUGGUUUUGGAUAGAAUCUGAAGAGGAAGACAAAAAGGAUGAGGAAGAAAAGGAAGAUGAAUGCACAAGCUCAGACUUAAGUGUAUCAGAAAAGCUACACAUCCUGACAGCCUAUUUGAGAGAGAAGCACUUCUAUUGCAUUUGGUGUGGAACAACCUAUGAAGACUCUGAAGAUUUAUCUUCAAACUGUCCUGGAGACAGUGCUGCAGAUCAUGACUAAAGCCAGUCUAAAGGAAGAAGCCCUAGAUAAAGAUGCCUAAAUACCAGCCUGGUUUUGCUUACUAUCUUAGACUUGGUGGGGAAAAAAAAGCUUGUGAAACAUGACAGUGACAUAUAUAUUAUAUUCUGGUAUAUAUAAAGGUGCAUAUUUUCCGUAAUUAGAUCAUGAUGGUGGGUUUUCAUUUUCAUUUUUUUACAUAAAAAUACAUUUUAAUAGACCUGUUACCAUUUAUAAAAAGUUAAUGCUGACAUAUACAAAUACUAUGCAGGAAGAAUAUAUCAAAAACUACUGGGACAAACUCAGUAUUACUUAACAGCAAGAAAGUAAUGAUACUACUUUGGUCUGUCCAAAAACUGUAAAGGAAAUGCAGCCAAGAGAUUGCCACAUAUCAAUUUUCCUAUUAUUAAUAGUUUCACAGAAUUGUUUAGGUUAGAACAGACCUUAAAGAUCAUCAAGUCCAACAAUAUGUCAAUUUUAUCCCAACAGACUAAAGAGAAGAAAAAGAAGAAAUAGUAGCAUUUUGUCUGUAAGGAUAUGUAGUUUCUCACAGAUCUUGACCACUGCAAAGAAAUACUAAUUAGUCUAGAGUAGUGAAAUAUUUUAUGAAUUCCAGUCAAGGAUAAGGUUAGGAAAGCCCUGAUGAAAUUCAAUCUGGCCAGGGAUGUCAAGAAGAUCAGACUCAAAAAAAAUCUAAAGAACCUAGAGGUGCACUAGUCCAUGGGACCUGCUGCCAUGCAUCCACUGGUCCUGAGGGAACUGGCAAAUGAAGUUUCCUGAGUUGGCCUUGUUCAGCCUGGAGAAGAGGAGGCUCCAGGGAGACCUUGGAGCAGCCUUUCAGUACCUAAAGGGGGCUGCAAAGAGAGCUGGAGGGAGACUUUUUCCCAAGGGCAUGUAGUGACAGGACAAGGGGAAAUGGCUUUGAAGUGAAAGGCUGAGAUUAGAUAUUAGGAAGAAAUUCUUUAUGGUGAAGGUGGCGAAGCACUGGAAGAGGUUUCCCAGAGAAGCUGUGGAUACCCCCUCCCUGGCAGUGUUCAAAGCCAGGCUGAACAAGACCUUGAGUAAUGUCAUCUACUGGGAAGUGUCUCUGCCGAGGGCAGGUGGGUUGAAACUGGGUGAUCUUUAAGGUCCCUUCCAACCCAAACCAUUCUAUGAUACUAUAAAUGUGACUCAUGAUAAAGAGAAAAAAAGAAAGCAGUAAGGCCUUAAAAAAGUAUGUACAAUCACAUUCUUAUUUAGCAAUAAAUACUUGCACCAGAACAUCAGUAAUUUCUUUAAGAAUACAAAUACACUCAUUCGUAUUAUCUCUUUCAGAGAAGUCACCCACUUUUAAUCCAUUUAACAUUUCAGAAAAAGCAUACAGUACUUCACAUAUUACUUAUUUUUUGCUUUGAAAUCUCUGCUCAUUUGCCAUUACUCAAGUGAGCAGAGAUUUCGAAGCAAAAAAUUAGGUAAUAUGUGAUGGCCCCAUGUCAGUGAACAGUUUGACAAGACAGAGCUCAAAGACAAUGAAGGCCCAAUGUGCCUGUCUUUUCACUCUGCUCCCCGCACCACACAGUACUUCAAGUUCAGGCGAGGCUGAACUCUGAAGGAUAUAAAAGAAGAGUAGCAGAGAACCUGCUGUUCCUUUUUGUGGUACACACCAGAGGUACUCAGUACAGUUAUUAAGGGUCAGGCAUGCCUCAGUAUUACAGUAAGGGACUAAAACCUAGAAGCAUGGGAACGUUUAAAGUACUCUCUCAGCCUAGGAUUUCCAGUGGUUACUACUGAGGCAAUUGAAGAAUUUUCCUGUAUUAAUAGCACCGUGGACGUUCCUUUCCAAAAAAGAUAACCAUCAAAACCUAAAGUUUUCAAAAAUUGAGGUUUGUUCUAAAUUAGAUGUCCUAGAAGCUGAAUACUUAACAUUUAAAUUCUUAAGAAAUCCUCAUUUUACAAAUUUAAAAUCUAGACCACUGAAGCUGCUAGGUCAUCAGCAGCUGUGAAGAGAUAAGAAAGCUCACCUCAAAGUACUGAAAUUCAGUGAAGAAUAACACCUUUUCCUAGUACCUUUUCUGCCAAAACUAGUCUUGUUAAUAAUGGGAGCAUUCCAGUAAUUAUUAACAAUAUCACUGAACAAAACAGAAAGGUUUGAGUCACAUAGCACCUGACAGCACUUCUUCCAUGGAAAACAAUAGAUAACCUUAAGGGAUAAUGGAUGCAGCACAUGCAGGGAUUUGCUACAACCCAGUUAGCGCUUUACCACAUCAACAUAAUCUUUGAGGGGAAAAGGACUAGGUUCUAUUACUUAUUGUACAAAAUAGUCCAGCUCAUCCAAAACCUA